AUGGAGUUUGUUCAGGACUACGUUACGCUCCUGCCGCGGCUGCUCCCGCCGUCCAUCGCUUCGCCGCUCCUCACCUUUGUCACCACUGCGUUCGGCAUCGUUCGCACCCUGCAGACGCACCUCACACCCCUAUUCACACGGCUCAUCACACAGCCCGAUGCCGCGUCCAUCCUUGUUGUAAUCGCCGCGCUGUUCAUCAGUUUCAAGAUCCUCGAUAUGAUGUAUCGCGCGGUGCUGUUCUGGGUCAGCCUGGUGAUCAGGCUGGUACUGUGGGGCGGCAUCGGGCUGAUCGGGCUGUGGAUAUACAAUAGGGGUGUCGAUGGAUUCGUCCAGGAUGUCCAGGAUCUGGCACAGAGGUGGGCUGGCGAUUACGAGAGGCUUAGUGGGGAGGUGAGGAGGUACCAGCAAGACCAGGAGGCACAGAUUAGGCUGCAGGCAGAGCAGCAGGGUGGCCGCAAGGGGUGGCGGUAG